AUGAGCCGCGAUAUCCUAGCACCGCCGUUGCAACGUAUGAGCCACAACCGCAUGUACCGCGUAAAUAUUACGCACGAGGAUUUCGGAGGCGAUAAAACGAACGCUGGCAAAAGGGGGUCACAGGCAAAGGAAUAUUUAGAGACAGAUUUAUAUGCCGAAGACGACUUUGAUGAUGAAGCGACUUGCAAAAUUGUGGAGCUGCCAAAUAACGAAGGCUAUAAACUACCAUUACAUAUUCCAAAAGCCUUCUACGGCGGCUUAAUUGGGAUGAAGGGAAACACCAAACGGCGCAUUGAGAAUGAGACGCAGACGGAAAUUUCUGUGCCCCGUCCCAACGACAAAUCGAGCGAGCUUCUUAUUAGGGGAAAAGAACGAAGUAGCUUAUGCGCAGCUCUCCGCAAGAUUCGACUAAUUGUUGAAUCGUUACGCAAAAAAAUGCGGCCCACUCACUUUUUGGCGGUUUCGCUUAACAGUGGCAUCGUGCAGGAGAAGUUUUUGGCACUCAAACAAAGCAUUUUGGAGGCGGAAUUCCCCGGCAUUGACUCAGAUCUGUUUAUUUCGGAGCGCUGCAUUCACCUGACACUAGGCGUCUACGUGUUGCUGGACGAUGAAGAACGACAAAAGGCCUUGGAACAGUUACAACUGUGUCGCCAAUAUUUGACGGAAUUGAGCACACCAUUGCAGCUGAAAGUGAGCGGCUUGGAAAUCAUGAACGAUGACCCCAGCUCGACCCGUGUGCUCUACGCACGCGUGGAGGCGCCAGACCUGCAGCACUUCGCUGAUAGGUGCCUUCAGCAUUUCAAGCCAAGCGGACUUUGUGCAACGGAUAACAUUGAACGCGACAGCAUCAAGCUGCACAUGACGAUCAUGAACAAUCGUAAACGUAAGGAACUGAACGCUAAAAGCCCCAACAGCUUCGACGCGCGUGAGAUAUUGAAAAAGUUUGGUGAUUACGACUUCGGAAUUGUACACUGCAAUGAAGUGCACUUAUGUGUGCUGAAAUCGUCGCAGGAAGUGGAGGAUUUUUAUAAGAUAACCGGCAGUUUGAAAUUUUAAGUCGAUCAAAUAAAAAGGCAUUUUAUUAUACACA